CUUCCUCUUGACUUGUGUCUUUGUAUAGGUAGCCAUCUUGUUUGAAGAGACAUUUUACAACAGCAAAGAUGAGAGUAACGGUGUUCUAUGCGUGUCAGAGGUCUUCAACAGAGCUGUGGAAACAGGCGAUGCAAACAAACUACUGCCCCUGACUAUUCCAGACUGCCGACCAGUUAUAACGAGUUCUAUCAACUUCUGUGGGGUCAGCAAGGCUCUGGAGACAAAAUACACUGUCUUAGGACAGAAGCUAUUGGUUGAUUGCUUGCGAAUUAGGAUGGGAACUGACCAAUUGGAGGCCAUGUCUCAAAACGACAAGCAGCAAAAAGUGAUGAUCCUGGAUAAUCAAGCUGUGGAACAAAUCCAAAUAGGCAAGAUAAUGCCAUCUCUCUUAGGGGAGGGGUUACACCUGCAAGAGACUGUCACCCAAAUGAUGGGGUUGUGUAAGAAUGUCUUACGAAACAAGGUCAAGGGUCAGCAAGUCAUACGAAGUGCCAAAACCAAGGAGAAUCUUGACCAGUUGUUGCUGACAUUCUGCAUUGAUUAGCAGAAGUUCUCGGGAUCUGUCACUCCUGCACUUGUGGAGUUGAUGUCUGGUCAGGUGACGAGAGCCAUGCAGUUAGUCCUGAAUGACAGUCUGGUGGUAAUAAUUUAUGUCUACAAUACAGGAACAACAAUGAACGUGGUCCACAAGCACCUGUUUGCUACCAUCACCAACUGCAUGAAGAGCAAUGACUCAAAUCUGAACAAGAAGAACCCUAACUUGGUGGACACGCGUCUAGAACACCUGCAUGUGCGCACAGAGUACGAGGAGAAUUUGCCUGGCUCACGGAAAGAGCUGUCCAAGCUGAACGACUUCAGUACGCCUCUCGAGCAUCUACAGUGCCUCAAACAUGUCGUGACGUUUCGUACAAGGCUUGUGGAAGCUGCAAAAAGUGAAGACACUCUUCAUUUGGCCGCACUAUAUGUCCAGGAAGGACUAAUAGACAUUUUAUCCAAGAACGGUUGCCUUGCUGAUGCCUCCGAUGUCCUGGGCCGCACUGCACUGCAUAUGGCGGCAUUGAAGGGACAUCAAAACAUCAUUAGUAAGGAGUACAAUGGAUUCCUGUAUGAUGAAAUGCAGGGCGUUGUCCUAGUAAGCUCUACCCUCCUGGCUAUGGACAAGAAAAAGAAACCCUUCACUAGACGACCCUGCAUUGCUACGUUCAAGAUCAGCGGUUUUGACUGCGCACUGGUAAGUGUAUAUCUGAAGGCAACCGGUCUGGAGAAUGAGGACAUCGGUCGACUGCAGGCAGAGAUUGACAAUAUCCCCAACCUUAUAGAGGCCAUUAGGACUGCUCUUCCAGGGGAAAAUGAUAUUAUACUGCUUGGUGACUUUAACCUGUCUCCAGUUACUAAAGAUUUUGACGAUCUUCGAAAUCAAGGCUAUCACAAUUGUAUUGCCGACGGUGUCUUCACAAACAUAAGCGACGCCAACAAAAAAGGCAGCAAGACAUACGAUAACAUCUGGAUAUCUAAACAGACAAAACAAGUGUUCACUGGUCAAUGUGACGUCGUGAGAGAGGGACUGUCCAGUCCCUGGAUCCCCAAGGGCUGGACGUGGGGCGGGGUCGUGAGUGACCACUGUCCAGUGUGGGCCCAGUUCUACACGGGCCGUGACCUUGACACUGGAGACUUGAAGAUCGGACCAGAGGCCAUUAAAUUUGCACUGACUGACUGAUGUUUAGUAAAAGAUUAGAAUAUUACAUGUUUGACUCUGGUAUGACAGACAUCACUAGUAGCAAUUGAUAAUGCAGUUCUUUAAACAAUAAAUAGUGACAAUAUUC